AUUCAACCCUUUCUCCUCGAUCUUUCACCCGCCACCAAAUUGGGCUUUAUGGCGACGUAUUCCUCCCGGACGUAUUUCCCCUCGGCGGAGAGCCAGGCCAUUCCUCAAAAUUCUGGCCAUCGGGUGCAGCCACAUUCACGUCCUGUAGUUACAUACUAUCAUCCGGAGGGUGUCGGAAAUUAUCACUAUGGAGAAAGACAUCCAAUGAAACCUGCGCGGCUGACACUGACAAAUGCUCUUGUAACUGGCUACGGACUACAUAAACAUCUAGACUUUUACUUCAGCCCCCGCCCAGCUACCCAGGAAGAGCUGGAGAUGUAUCACGAUCAUGACUAUGUGGAGUUUCUUAAAAGAGUUCAGCCAGAGCCCCCAGGCGCCGAAGAUGGACCAAAGCUUCACAACUUUGGAGAAGAUUGCCCAGUUUUUGACGGUUUAUACGAUUUUGUGACCAAAUAUGCUGGAGCUUCUCUUCAUGGCGCCCGCAGAUUGUCGCAAAAUGGCACAGACAUUGCAAUCAACUGGUCUGGCGGUUUGCAUCAUGCCAAAAGGGGUGAGGCUAGCGGAUUCUGUUAUGUUAACGACAUUAAUAUUGCACUCCUGGAAUUAUUGAGGUAUCACCCUCGGGUAUUGUACAUUGACAUAGACAUUCACCACGGAGAUGGUGUCGAAUUGGCUUUCUGGAAUAGUGACCGAGUGAUGACCGUCUCCUUCCACAAAUAUAAUGGUGAUUUUUUCCCAGGGACUGGGAAAUUGGAUGACAACGGUGGUGGCAGAGGGAAGCACUUCUGUCUCAACGUACCUCUACAAGACGGUAUCGAUGAUGAGUCCUAUCUAACACUCUUUAAAUCUGUGAUGGAGCCUACGAUCACAUCCUUUCGCCCUACUUCCGUCGUACUGCAGUGUGGAGCGGAUUCACUUGGCUGUGACCGCUUGGGUGCUUUUAAUCUCUCAAUUCGGGCUCAUGGAGAGUGCGUUCGCUAUAUUAAAGCAUUCGGGCUGCCACUCCUUGUUCUCGGCGGCGGCGGCUACACAAUUCGCAACGUCUCACGAUGUUGGGCCCACGAAACUGCGGUUCUUCUUGGAAUGACACUCCCAGAUGAACUUCCUCAAACACCAUUUGACCACUUCUUCGGUCCGGAUUAUACGCUUCACCCGAAACUCGACUCUAAGGUGCCAAAUCAGAAUUCACGAGCAAGUUUAGAGCACAUCCGGAUCAGUAUCCGAGAAAAGCUCCGGUAUUUGAACGGAGCACCAAGCGUUCAGAUGCAAGAGAUACCUCCGGACCUGGCCGGAUUGAUUGCUUCGGAGGACCGCAACGAAGAAGAGAUGGAUGAGGAUGAUGCCGGUACCGGUCAAGCGGGCGAAACGAGACUUGACGAACAUCGAGCCCCAAAUGAAUAUUUUGAUGCUGACAGAGAUGGUGACAAGUCAUUGCUAAUGCAGGUGGCUAGUAUGUCAGACACUCCUGCCUCAGAGAGCGCCGCUUCCCGUGGAAGGGGGAGAGGAAGGGGUGGUCGCGGUCGUGGGAGAGGAAGGGUCGCGCAAACACCAAAACCGGACGCAGAGGGCGCAGAGGAAACAGAGUCGGAGGACGAGAGUCCACUUGUUGUUAAAAGGGGUCGCGGCAGGGGAAGAGGACGCGGGAGAGGGAGGGGAAGAGGCACACUGAUAAAGGCAGCCGUGGAUGACUACGAUAAAGACUCAGCAGAAACGGAGAUGACCAUGUCUCCCUCAGCUGAAACUCCUACUGCUGAAAUUGCGCGGGAUGCUGAUGUUGAAAUGGCGGAUCCUUCCGAGUAAUUGGCAUCCAGAUCCGGAGCGUUUUAGUUCGUGGAGUACCAGGGGAAGGGCUUCACUAAUUCACCUAGGGAUUCGGUUUCUGUAUCACGAUUGAAGAGAUUGUAUGUGCGACAGGAGCAAAAUUGGGCUUUCUUUCAAUAAUGGACCCAGUUCACAGUAAGCCGGAUGUGGCCAGAGCGAGGAGAAAACAGGAUAUAGUUUCAAUACAUUCGAACAUUCUCGAUCCAUUCCCGGCACAAAUUCCAUUCUU